CUAGGUACAUCUUGACCUUGAAGCUCUAUGCAUCCGUACUCAUAUUCCGACCAUUUCCACUACAAUUUCCACUACAGAGAUUCGGUUUAAUCUUCGUAAGGCACGGCAGAACCCGUCCUUCAAGUGACUUCUGAAAUACACGGCAAGGUCCGGAUCACCAAGACCACGGACUGAGUGAACUUGUGAAGGCCGCUUCAAAGCAACCUGGAACUGUGGGGUCAAAGCAUCGCGCGCCGAUUUUGAGUGAAACAAGCAGUUUUGGACAGCUUCCCUUUUUCCCUGUAUCUGUUGAAAAUGUGAUUGAGGGCCGGCCAUGGAUGCGGACUGGGACGAGGUCACGCGCAUCGCCUUCCCGGCGCCCGGCACCAAUGACUUCCCCCGACCGGCCACAACGCUUGCCUUCGACACCAUCGCCGAGUUACUAUGGGCAGGCAACGACCGGGGCCGCGUCGCCUCGUUCUAUGGCCGCGAUCUGCAGCGGUACACUGCGUUUAAGAUCCAACCGCCGCCCGAGGGCCCCGUUCGCCAUUUCCUCUUCCAUGACAAGGGCGUCAUAUGCCUCGGCUCCCGAUGCGUACAUAUGGCAAUGCGUAGGGGGCCUGCUCUGUGGAGCAUCCGGCACGAUGACAUGAAAGACCUGCAAUGCAUGAGUUUUACCUCUAAGGGCGCCUCCGAGAUCAUCGUUGCCGGCUGGCAGGAUACCAUGUUUGUUAUUGACGUUGUCAAGGGGGAGAUUGUCAAGCAGGUCCCUACAGAACAUCACUAUUCGAUCAUGAAAAAAAGCAGGUACAUAUGCGCUGCCACUCGAACCGGCAGCGUGGAUCUCCUCGAUCCCGUUUCUUUCAAGGUCAUCCGCACUUGGCAGGCCCAUGCCUCCUACAUAAAUGACAUGGAUGCGCAAAACGACUUCAUCGUCACCUGUGGCGGCUCCCUUAAGCAGCAGGCAGCACAGACAUACAUGUUGGAUCCUUACGUCAACGUUUACGAUCUGAAGAACAUGACCUCGAUGAAGCCCAUGCCAUUUCCGCCACUGGCCGCCCACGUCCGACUGCACCCGAGGAUGCUCACCACUAGCAUCGUGACGUCCCAGCACGGCCAGAUGCACGUGGUCGACAUCAUGAACCCAAACACGAGCAACGUUCGAUACGCUAAUGUCAUGUCGUUUGUCAACUUGUUUGAGAUUGCGCCUUCGGGGGAGGCCCUUGCCAUGGCCGACUCGGAGUGCAACAUACAUCUCUGGGGAUCGCCGACCAAAAUCCAUUUUACCGACAUGGCGUUACCCAUCGAGACGCCAAAGGCAGAAGAGCCCGCUCCCAUGCUCGAUUGGUCGCCCGACACGCCGCUGAGCUCGGUAGGCCUGCCCUACUACCGCGAGCCACUGUUCUCGGCCUGGCCUGCCGAUAUCAUUUCCGAUGUUGGCGCUCCGCCGGUGCAGCUUGACCCGGCCUUCCUCGCCACCCUCAAGCAGACAGAGUGGGGUUUCUACGGCCGGAACACGCGGGGCUUGCGGCGCAACCAGGUUGAGGAUACGCGGGCCUCCAGCAGCAAGUCGUCGGCCGGCAUGCGGGCGCCCAAGUUCUUGAGCGAGAAGGCACGCGAAUCGGCCAUGUCGUCUGGUGUGGACCCCGCCUUCGACUCCAGGGCCGAGCAAGCAGCCGAGCCAUCGUCGCCGAACGAGUUCGAAAGCCUGAAGCCCGAGGCGCCGCCAAUGUAUCGGAACUUGGAGAUCAAGUAUAGCAAGUUCGGCGUUGACGAUUUCGACUUUGGGUACUACAACAGGACGCGGUAUGCUGGUUUGGAGAACCAUAUCCCCAAUUCAUACGCAAAUUCCCUUCUCCAACUUAUGCACUAUACACCUCUUCUGCGGAAUAUGGCGCUGCAGCAUGCCGCGACCGCAUGCGUAAAUGACCUGUGUCUUCUCUGCGAGCUAGGCUUCGUUUUCGACAUGCUACAGAAGGCCCAGGGCUCCACGUGCCAGGCGACCAACAUGUUCAAGGCACUGAGCGGCACUCCUCAAGCUGCACCUCUAGGUCUACUAGAAGAGGAAACCCAUGUUCCACAACUGUCCUCGAUGGCUCAGGGGCUGAGCAGGUUUCUGUUCGACAGGAUCAGCAACGAGUACCGGAGCAUCCCCCCGAUCUCGACGGCGUUGGAGCAGACCCUCUUCAACCUCGCGCAGCCGCCGAGCCCGGACGAGCUGGCGUCGAGAGUUCUGGCGACGUCGGCCGUGAUCACGAUCAAGUGCAUGAACUGCCGCAGUGAGACGACGCGGCCCGGCACCGCAUAUGUCAGCGAUCUGAUGUACCCACCGCCCAAGCCAGGCGUUAGAGGCGGCGGCAGAGCGACUAAGACGACGUUCUCGCAGGUCCUCAAGAUGGGCGUCGAGAGGGAGACCGUGUCUAAGGGGUGGUGCAGCCGGUGCCAGCGGUAUCAGAACCUGCAGAUGCGCAAGACCAUACACAGCGUCCCCGCGGUCCUUGCCGUCAACGCGGCUGUCUCGACGGCGGAGCACCGCAGGCUCUGGGCGACGCCCGGCUGGCUCCCGGAGGAGAUCGGCGUCAUAGUGGACCAGGGCCAGUUCUUUUGCUUCGAGGGCGAGGACCUGAAGCUCCAUCUCCAGCGCGGGAUCCAUAAUAUAUCGGUCUACUCGCUGAUUGGGAUGGUUGUUAACAUUGAGAGCACUGCGCCGCAGAAGACGCAUCUUGUCGGCAUGAUCAACGUCGCACAUGCGGAUGCGACGCCCGCCGGGGAGAGCAAAUGGCACCUGUUCAACGACUUCUCAGUGCGGCCCGUCUCAGCCGCCGAAGCAUUGCGGUUCAACGCGGCGUGGAAGAUGCCGGCCGUCCUCCUGUUCCAGAUGAAGGCGGCGAACAACAAGAGCAACACGGACUGGAAGACAAAUUUGGACACGUCCAUCCUGUAUCAGGACCUGAAUCCGCACGCGGACCCCAAGACGUACCGCGUGCUCGACCAGGAGACGGAGCGGCCCGGCCCGGACACCAUCGUGGCGCUCGACACCGAGUUCGUGUCGCUCAAGCAGCCCGAGAUCCAGAUGAACUCGGACGGCGAACGUGAAACGAUCCGGCCCAUGUCGCACGCGCUGGCCCGGGUGUCGGUGGUGCGCGGGCAGGGCGAGCUGGAAGGCGAGGCCUUCAUCGACGACUACAUCGCCAUCCGCGAGCCCGUGGUCGACUACCUGACGCUAUACUCGGGCAUCACGGCCAGCGACCUGGACCCGCGCACGACGAGACACAACCUGGUCUCGCUCAAGACGGCCUACAAGAAGCUCUGGGUGCUGCUCAACCUGGGCUGCAAGUUCCUCGGCCACGGCCUGCGGCAGGACUUCCGCGUCAUCAACAUCCAGGUGCCGCGCGCGCAGGUGAUCGACACGAUCGAGGUCUUUUACCUGAAAGCGCGCCUGCGCAAGCUGUCACUCGCGUUUCUGGCCUGGUACCUGCUUAAGGAGGACAUCCAGCUCGAGACGCACGACUCGAUCGAGGACGCGCGCACGGCGCUCAAGCUGUACCGCAAGUACCUCGAGUUUGACGACGCGGGGAUCCUGGAGCCCAUGCUGGAGGAUAUCUACAAGGCGGGUAGGGCUACUAACUUCAAGCCGCCGCGCAGCAGGGACGACCCCCAGGUGAUCAUUCAGCGGACGGACACGCCGCCCGAGGGCAGUGCUGCUACGGGUGCUGGUGCUACUACUACUGGUGGUGGUGGUGACAAUAACCCGACCACGCCCGCUCGUAAGGCGGCUGGGCUCGGGAGCCAAUCGUCGUCGGGCAGCACGCCGUUUGGCAUGAUCCCUGUGUUUAAUACGCCGGGGAAAGGUGGGUCACCGUUGCCGAGGUGAGAGUCGCGAGGAGGGGGGGAUAUUGGAGGAGGAG